AUGGAAAGGGUUAACGGCCUCCGCUGUGGCUUUGACAUUGGCUUUACCGGCAACCGCAUAACUAACCAGCACUCGUCCAACCUCUCAUCAGCAUUCCAGCACUCUACAUUUGUGUCUCCACAGCUCACCGCCUCCUGCAACGCCGGCUACACGGCUGGCCCAUUUGAUUCGCCCCCAUUCCCAUUUAUGUACUGCUCUGGCAUUGGCGCCGUUCCGAAAAAUAAUGGCAAGCUACGCUUGAUACACCACCUGUCCAGCCCUGCCGGCUCCAGCCUUAACGACGGGAUCCAUGCUGAGCCUUUCUCUUUGCAGUACAUCAGCAUUGAUGAAGCCAUUAUUAUCAUGAUGUCCUCCCCGUCUCCUGUUUAUCUCUCUAAACUCGAUGUGAAGAGCGCUUUUCGUCAAAUACCUGUCCGCCCACAGGAUUGGCAUCUUCUCGGCAUCCUGUGGCAGGGGAAGUACUACUACGACCGUGUCUUGCCAUUUGGGCUCCGCUCUAGCCCGGCGGUGUUUGAUGCCGUGGCAGCCACCAUCGAAUGGAUAAUGCACCACGAAUUCUCCAUCCCUAAUUUGCCGCAUUUCCUGGACGACUACUUGUGCGUGAGCGUGGGCCAGGCAGUGGCGAAUCGGCAGCUGGCCAUUCUUCUCCGUGCAUUCUCAUACCUCGGAGUCCCGCUCGCGCCUGCGAAGGUGGAAGGCCCGUCUCGUACCCUGACAUUCCUGGGCAUUAUCCUGGAUUGUGAGAAGAUGGAAGCCCGGCUCCCUGAUGACAAAUUGGCUGACAUCAAGUGCCUGUUGACUGCAGCGAGCAUCAACUCCACCAUGUCUCAACGCGAACUCGAAUCUCUUCUGGGGUAA